AUGGCUGCGUUGAAGUCUUUAGUAGGCCAUUGUAUGAUACAAAUCUCACCUACAUUCAUUUCGAGUGAUUUGUUUCAUCCAGGAUGGGUCAAGUGCCAACAAUACCCAAGUCCAAGGAGGUCUAACUUCUGGGGAGCUGAAGCUACUAGCUACGGUGGUAUAGGAAAAUUACCCAGUAUAUCACCAUUAGAGUCGAUAAGUGCUAGUAGAGGGCACAGACACUAUAAUAGUGGCAUACACUGCUAUCAUGGUGAAGCAAAUCCGUUAGUUGUAACAGAUGUAUCGUUUCUUCCUGGAGUUAGCUUUGGUAGUAAAAUCGUGAACGACCCAUGUCUUGUGCAAGACCCGUURACUAGUCACAUAUCAAGAUUUGAGGUUUUUCCACGGUUUGACCCCAAGCGAAACGAAUUGGAUGAUCCAAGCGAAAGAUUUCUCAAAAAGGAAAUCAARCCAGAAACAAAAGUUGCACUUGACCAGCUGUCCAACAGAAUCUAUCGGCAAACAGAAUACCAAAACAACUAUAAGCAUCCAGAAACGAACGAUAAAACUCGCAGCAGCUUCCAGCAUUAUAACCCAUGGGAAUACAUACUCGUCAAGAACACAAAUAAGCAAGAUAUGAAAGAGGACYACGAGGAAGAAGAAGAAGACGACGACGACGGUGCAAAAGAGGACACUGAUGACACAGCUCCAGACAAGUCACCAGUAAGCGAUUUACAGAGUGAAAAGAUACAAGAACCAGCACCACAAAAACUAAAACCAAUCGACUUCACAAAACAAAACCCAAAAGAUUUUGUAGCGAGGCAUAAAUUCGCACUUAUGCUACCUAAAGUAACAGAUUUUGGUAAAAAGAAGACAUACGACACACCUCAAAUAAUCACCAUCCCGAGAGAAGURCAGCAAGAUACCAGGAACCUUCCWGCUCUAAGAGAUCACGACACCAAGCUAAUAAGAAGACAAAAAUUACCUGCAAUGGUGGGAAUGAAGUUUAAAAGUGACGCACAUUUCAAUUACCAUAGAAACCACCCCGAGUCUAUUCCAGACCUCCGUGACUCUAUCACGGUUGGCAAGCAGCAUCGAUUCUUUGGGGUGCAUGCGUCUUUACUAAGAUGACGUCACAUUCACGUGAUCCUGAACCACCAAUCACUUAACACCACGAUAUGGACGUACAUACGAUUGCGUAUGUUGCAAAUCCAUGAGUUGAAUUCACGCGGAAGUUCCCCUCUKAACAAGGAUACGCACGCUUCGAWAUCAGAAUCUAAAUUUUUCUUAA